CUACUUUCUGGUCUGUGGCCGUAAUUAAAGCAAAAUUUUUGGUUAUGUCCUCCAAAGAUAAGUUUAAUGUUUAAAAGAAGUACACGUUAUUUUUUGAUAGAUUCCAAAGUUGAAAGUGAAAACUGCUACGUCAAUACAAUAUUCGUUGCGUUUUUUAUUUCACAGCGAGCAUAGACUUCCGCGAAAGUAUGUCACAAGCAGAACAAGAAGUGUCCCAGUUAGUUACCAAUGGAGAGAUAAAUAAGAUUCCUAUUAAAUCCAAGUCAGGGCUGAUGAAGUUGUCUAGCUAUGUAUUAGCUUUAAGACCCUGGUCGUGGAGCGCUAGUCUUAUGCCUACUUUAUUAGGUGCCACCAUUGCUCACAAAUAUCCUGGCUCAGAUGAUUUUAGUUAUUUGACAUUAAUUUUCACUCUCUUUACAAUAAUCUGCGUUCAUGGUGCUGGAAAUGUCGUGAAUACCUAUUUUGAUUAUGUUAAAGGCAUUGAUAAUAGAAAAUCUGAUGAUAGAAUCCUAGUCGACCAUAUUUUGACAAAGGAUGAAGUAGUUUCGCUAGGAGCUCUGCUUUAUUUAUUUGGGUGCAUUGGUUUUAUUCUAAUGGGAGCUUUAUCACCAGCAAAAAUUGAACACUUGGCACUAGUUUACUUUGGAGGCUUGUCUUCAAGCUUCCUCUACACUGGAGGUGUCGGAUUCAAAUACAUCGCAUUAGGGGACGUAUUGAUCCUAAUAAUUUUUGGCCCCAUUUCUGUUCUUUUUGCAUUUAUGGUCCAAACAGGUAGAGUUGAAUGGGCGACUAUUUACUAUGCAAUACCAUUAGCCCUAAAUACAGAAGCUAUUCUUCACAGUAACAAUACUAGAGAUGCUGAAUCAGAUAAAAAGGUUGGAAUUGUUACCUUGGCUAUAAUUAUUGGUCACACAGCAUCCCAUAUUUUAUAUGCAUUUUUAUUAUUUAUUCCAUAUAUCAUGUUCAUGGUAGCUACUUUAAAAUAUUCAAAAUGGUUUGUUUUGCCCUUAGUCACUUUACCAGGUGCUUUCAAAAUCGAGAAACAGUUUAGAUCAAAUGACAUACACAAUGUACCCAAAAAAACCGCCAGGUUAAAUCUAUAUUUUGGUAUUUUGUAUGUUUUGGCAUGCAAUAUGGCGCCCUCUUUGCCGUUUAUAACAAAAAGAUAGACACCAAAAUCUUACUUUUUAUGUUUGCAUGUGUGAGAUUCUCAGUGUAUUAAAAACAUUCAGUAAUUUAUAGUAAAUGUCUGGUCAUGUUUUUGUAAUUUUUGUUUACUAAUAUGUAUGUAUUUCAGCUAAAUGUGUUAUUUAUUGUUUUAUUGAGAUGAACUUUAUAGCAAAUAUAUUUUUUAUGGUUAGUAUGAAGCCAGGCCAGUUUUGUUGUGGUUUUAAUUUGGAAUAUCAUAUUUCAAAUAUUUAUUCUAGUAGUAGGUCAGUGCCGCCCUCUUUUCACCAAAAUAUUUAGGAUAUUAAUUGCGUUAAUUUUAAUAAGGCGACAGUGGCAACGUUGAUUUUAAAAUUAUAGGUUACAAAAUCCUUAAGAUUAUUAAUGUUUGGUCAUAGCCUUAAUGGUUAAUGGACCAAUUAAUAGAUACAUUUUUAACCUCAAUAAGUUUACAAUUAAUGAAAUUAAACCCAUUUAAAUUUAAAAAAUACUUGACAAAUUGAUUACAAACUUUUUCGAUAGAGACCCCAUUAACGCUAGUGACAGUUGCUGUUAUUACCCCCGUAUCAAAACGGUUUUAUAAAAGCCUAGUAAAUUUUGCAAUCAGAUUUAGCUUGUAGAAAGCCAUUCUUGGUGAUUUGAGACUUCCUAUUGCAAUGAACUGUUAAGACAAUAAAUCAAUUAGUCCUAGAUUUAAUAAAUACGACGUAAAAAAAAUAUUGGGCUUAGACAGUGUUCAAAACUAAGUGUAAAAUAAUAAAGUUUUUUUUUUACAUAAAUGUAAGUGCCGGCCGCUUUGUUUUGGUGUGGUAACAAAGAUGGAUGUUGAAAAAUUAAUUCACUGCACUUUCUUUUGAUUUUUGCGUAAUAAGAUUUUGUAUUUUUUGUACUUAACGGUGCCGUGACUUAAUUUCACCAAACACGUGUUGCAAGAUACAUAUCUGUUAUAUUUUGAAAUGAACAUUUGCUCACUGUUUAAAUAAAACACCGAUUUUUACCCGUAA